AAAUUUUUUUUGGAAACGUGCGGAGUUUGACGACUGCGUCGAUCACAUAAGUAAAGCUCCACCUCAGUUCUUCUCAAUUUUACAGAUAUGCAUAUAAUAAAAUACAGUAUAAUAUGCAUUUUUGCAGUCUUCGCUCAUUACUGUGUAGUACCGACUCUACCGCAAUAUAUAUAUACUGUGUAUUUCUGAUCCACUAAACGUUUCAAUAAGCACACUUAAUUAUGUCUUGUACCGGUAGUACAGGUAAUGUCGACAAUUGUGGACCCAUUACUGUGUACGUGGUUGCGAGUUUAACGGUGUGCAAUGGGACCUGUAGAUGCUUCAUUAUGCUGUGAGAUUAUUAUUAUCGUUUCGUUUUUGCAGUAACUCUGCCCUGACGUAGUCACCGGGUUCUCGUUGUUAAGUCGUUAAGGCAAUGCAGUCAAUGCUGAAACCUAACUGCCCGUUCCAGCCGCCUCAUUUCGAUCAUCUGACCGAACGCUACGCGAGUGAUCCAUGGAAUACCUGGACCAUAGAUGGCUUUUUGAUGCGGCUGUUAGCGGAGUGGCCGGCAACAGCCGGGCUGAAGCCGGCGGUGACGUGUCGAUCACGCAACACCAAUUUCCUCCAGCUAGAUAUAACAUCCGAUGCCUGGAUGCGAAAGCUGCAUCAUCAUCACCAGCAGCCGGCUCGAAUAGCCGUGGCAAUGGAUCCCUCUCUGCAUUUCCCUUCAAUCAUACUGGGGAUAUUAAAAUGCGGAGCUUCCUAUCUGCCCAUAUCCUCCGACUGGACUGACCCUUUUAUACAGAAAGUGCUAGCGUAUUCUCAACCGUCAAUGUUGAUAUGCGACGAUGUGGAACGAUACUCCAAAUUAUCCACUACACUUCCUUGUCUGGAUUGCAGUAACGGGCUGAUAAUAAAUACCGACUAUUCGGGUAAAUCGCCAUUUCAUAAAGGUCGGUCUGCACUGGAUCCAGCUGCUACUUUUGUAAACGAUUUGGAAAAAGUGACCCUAUGUACGCAUCGUGCGUUAACAGAGCACGUAGUAAAAAAUUGGGAAAUUCUUCCGCUUACAGAUGACGAGGUUUUGCUGUCAAAAGCAACGGCAGUUAAUACAUCGGAGAGUUUAUUGGAGGUUUUAGCCUCUGUUUUAUCUGGUCAUCGAUUACAUAUUUUGCCGCUAUUUGUUCGAAGAGACCCGGAAAAACUUUUGGACAUAUUAUUGGAAUUUAACGUUCGCCGAUUAUGGUUACAUCCUAACUAUUUAUUGCGUUUAUGUAAGAUUUUGACUAGAAGAAAACAGACAUUUUCCGCAGCAUUACGCCUUAUCACCAUUACAUCACCGCGCAUUCCGCUGGACAUUGCGGUGUUAUUCUUUCAAGCGUUUUCCAAUGUGAAACUCGCCGUAUGCCAACGCAUGCAAAGCGGAAACAGCGAUCAGCUGUGGGACGUUUUUGAUAAUCAUCGAGAUUUACUGAAGGCCUUCUACGAAGACACCGUGCCCCCGAGCAUUUUGCUAAGAAACUUUGAUCUACCUAUUAACAGCAGUCAAAGCGUGUCAGUGAGAAAGGACACAUGCGGCGGUAUUUAUGUGUGUGGAAAAUUAGCGGGUGAUCCCGCGUUGAAUUAUGUUAUCACGAAAACCGAUGCCGGUUGGGUGCAGUGUGAAAGCACGGGAACCAUUGAUGCCAGCGAAUUCCUACAACUGUUCGCCGGCAUGCCGGCAUCCAAACGCAUCUCCACCGAUGAGCCGGUAAAAAAGCCGGUCCCUCCAAAACCGACGAUUCCGACGCCCAGACCAAUUGAUUACGUGGUGGAAGACAUCAACGAGGACAACAUGGACGAUGUAAUUGAGUUCCUGGUACGCAACACAUUGAUGGUGUCGAUGAGUGAUGCGGUGCCGGUGCCGUCCUUCAGUGACUUACAACUGUUUACGCGCGUUGUACUGGAAGAAUCCAAUCCAAAGGAAUUGCUGUUUGUCCUGCGGCGAAAAAACGAGACAAAAAGUAUAAUCGCCGUUAAUGUCGCUUUUGAUGCACAUGAAAAAUCGGUUAACUUACAAAAUCUGACUUCUCCCGAUAUGGAUCCAAAGAAUCAAGUUCUGGCAUGGACGCUGCUGCCACUGUUAUCGCCUCUGGUUAAUCGUGCAGGGGUAACUGUGGAAAGCUAUAUGAUGAGCGUGGAUUUCAUGCUAGAAAAACAGCAAAGAUUCCAGUUGGCAUGCCAGAUGGACUUAGAAUUAUCGAAGCGAGCACAGCGCCUGGACUACAAGUACAUAAUCACCAAAAACUACGACGGAUUUUCCAGGAGUGUUUCAAAGAUGUCAGGAUAUGAACGGCGCGCAUCAUUUCAGCUAAACCGGCUGACACUGCCCGACGGAAGUGUGCCUUUUGAGAACUAUCCCGCAUCCAGUCGAAUGACUCUGAACGUUCUAAUACUCACCAGCUACCACGAUGGUAUACCGAACUGUGAUUUGGACUCCACUAGUCAAGACAACACUAAGACAGUAGAAUUUCAGAUUUAGAAUUUUCGAUAGAGCACUCCUGGCUUAGGCUGUUAUCUUGACCUUUUUAUGUUUAUUGCAAUACAGUACAUUACCGAUGAUCUCAGAACUAAUCAUGCAGAGUUGGCCGCUUGUUUCAGCAGCUGCUACGUAUACUCGUACAAAUCACUUUUUCGUGCUUUGUAAAUGCGGCCGGCCACCUUAUUGUUAUUAGGAUAUAAAAAUAUUUUAACAAAUCAAUCCACUGGAGCGUCAACAUUAUCAACUGCCGGCUCGUCUACGCCACCUUAAAUGCCAUGAUUAUAAAUUAUUGUGCUCAUACUAAAGUGUGGAUAACUAUACAACAAUGAUGCAAGAAAACAGAGUGUGUCCUAAUCAUCCAAAUCGAUUUCGCACCAUGGCGACCCUUUCUGUGGUUCACUUGUCCAGCUGUCCUGACCUCCGCAGUCCCAGAAGCCGAAGCCGCUUCCUCUGCGGUUAAGCCCGCCGCAUCUGUUGUUGUCCUUCAGUGCAGCUGCAUCAAUAACUGAAACAUGCCUAUACGUUACAAUUUAAC